CUGUGUAAAUUCGAAACUGUGAAUUGAUCAUCUCCGCCAUAAUUUUCCCGAACACAUUUUCUGUAUUGUGCAAUAUUUUCAAAGAUUCACCAGUAAAUAAGAGAAUCUUUUCCUCUAAACAUGCCUCCUAAACAAAAAGAAGGACCCAGUAAGAAAAAUGAGGCGAAGAAAAAAGAAAGAACAAUAGAGGAUAAAACCUUUGGAUUGAAAAACAAGAAAGGAUCAAAGCAACAGAAAUUUAUUCAGCAUGUGGAGAAACAAGUAAAAUGUGGGAACGUAAAAACAAGCAAGCUUACUGAAUUGACUCAAGCAGGCAAGAAAAAGGAAGACAAGAAAAAAGAGCAAGAUGAGUUAAAUAUGUUGUUUAGACCAGUACAGACAGUAGGCAAAGGUGCUGACCCCAAAUCUGUUUUGUGUGCCUUUUUUAAACAGGGCCAGUGUGCUAAAGGUUCCAAGUGUAAAUUCUCCCAUGACCUUGGUGUAGAAAGAAAAGCAGAAAAGAGAAAUAUUUAUGAAGAUAAAAGUGAAGAUAAAGAAACCGUUGAAGAUUGGGACGAAACCAAAUUACAAGAAGUUGUUGAGAAGAAGCAUGGGGCUGCAAAUAAACAGAAAAUGGAAACUGCUAUUAUAUGUAAAUUUUUCCUGGAAGCUGUAGAAAAUGGUAAAUAUGGAUGGUUCUGGACGUGUCCAACUGGUGCAGACAAAUGUCAUUAUCGUCAUUGUCUACCUCCAGGAUUUGUUUUGAAGAAAGACAAGAAGAAGGACACAGAAGAUGAUCAUAUUACCAUUGAGGAAUUAAUAGAGAAAGAGAGAGCAGCCUUGGGUGCUAAUGUUACCAGGGUUACAUAUGAAACAUUCAUAAAAUGGAAGGAAAGAAAGAGAAAUGAGAAGAUUGAAAUUGCAAGAGAGACUAAAGACAAAAAGAAAUCUGACUUUAAAGCUGGAAAAAUGUUGGGAAUUACUGGCCGAGAUAUGUUUGAGUUUAACCCUGACUUGAUAGGAAUGGAUGACGAUGAGGCUGACGAGGGAGAGAUAGAACGGGAAAGAGAUGAAGAUGAUGAUGAUGAAAUUGUCGUCCAAGAAAUAAAUUUGGAUUCAUUUAACAAUUAUGUGGGUAAAGGUGAAGGGACAUUAGCUCCAGAGUCCAGGGUACCCAUGACAAAUGGUGUUGUACGAAAUAAUGACGAAGAGUCCAAGUUAAGUGAAGCUGGUGCGUUACCUACAACAGACAAUAUGUCCGAUACAGAUGCAGCGAACAUGAACGGUGAUAUUGAAAUUGACGAGGACCUAUUUGAUGGGGAAGAUCUUGAUCAAAUAGAAGAAGAUUUAGAAACUUUAGAUUUGGAUGAAUGACCCCACCAUUCUGAAACAGACAAGAAAAGAAAAAAAACAUAUUACGUUUUGGAUGAAUGACCUUGUGAUAGUGCUUUGACCCUUAAAAUUUGACUUUUGACCUCAGUUGUUUAGGUUACUUUUGGAUAAUCAUGAUAAUGCUGUCAUUUGUUAAUUGGUAUGAAUACAAAUUGGAAACCUGAAAUGUUUGGUUAAUGUCAUUGAGACAGCAACAGAACAGAAACAAUAACCUAAUAACAUUUAGAGGGUAACAUAGAUGCCAACCAUUACGAUUUUUGCGUAGUUUUUCCGAUUUUGCGAUAAAAACUACGCUUUUACGGUCAAAGUCGAAUAGUUACGGAUUACCAAUCAUUUCCAUUCAAUUUUGUAAAACACGGAUUUUUAUUAUUACUUUUCCGUCCUGGUCUGGUAUUUAGAAAACGCCAAUGUAAUGCUUUCCGUUUCUCGGGAGUUAUCUACCUAUUGUUGAGUAACUAACUGACUUCCGAAGAGGCAAACUUGCAUUUAUGAAAUAGCUUUCCCCCUUUCUCUACUUCUCCUUGACAAAACGAAAAUGUACGAGUCAAGAACAUCUGAACAGUAAAUGAAUGGAAUACAUACUACAGACAACAUGUUAAACGACAAAUUUCGUGCACAUCACAUUGCAACCACUUGUCAGUAAUUUUUAUUGGUAAAUGCACGUUUAUGAAUGAUUACUGAAAACUUUUCAAAAAUACGGAAUAUUUGACAGUUUGUUACUGAUUGUGUCAAAAGGGGGUUGGCAUCUAUGGGGUAACAUUCAGUUUUCUGCAUUAUAUCAGACUCAGUAUAUAAAUAUGCUUUAAAUCCUGGAAAGUUGUAAAAAGUUAUAACUAAAUUAGGCCUUCAACACUAAGUUUCCCAGUUGAUAAAAAAAACAUUAAAAAACGAUUGGACAGGACGGGCACAUGUUGUUUGGCAUGAUGAAACAUAACAUGGGUUUUUAGUUCGACACUCCCUCUCUUUGCUCUCUAUCACUAAUAUAUUAAACAUUAAAACAACAACAAUAGAAAUCAGUACAGAAAAGGCAUUUCAACAAUGAUCUGUCAAAUAGUCAAAUUAUAUUCCUCACAGAAAUGAAGGAUCAUACCCGAACCCAACCCCCUGUUAUUUAUCCCUUUAGGUAUUUAGCUUUUCCUUAUUAAUUUGUAUCCUCUGUCUUUAAUAGGAGAUAUGGUGUGAUUACCAAUAAGACAACCAUUAACUAGAGUUCAUUUGACUAUGACACAAAUGAUAAAUUAUAUUCCAAUGAAUUUGUAUGAAAAAUCAGGAACUUUGAUCUUUUUGCAAAUAAAAUCGUUUUAUCAAAUGUAUUUAUCGUCAAAAAUAAAUUGCAAACAUUCCUAUAGUACUUAAAUUAGGAUACACUUAUGUUAUAUGCAAAGAACCUUGAAUUAAAAACCAAUCUAUUCAAUGAAUUGUUGCUGAGAAACAGUAACAUUUGCCAGGAAAUGAUCUGCUUCAAGUUAUAUUUGAGUCCAACUCAAGUCUGUAAAAGUCAAAUACUGAUUGCAUUUUUGUGAUAGAGUACAUGUAAUAAUGGAUUACUUUUUCAAAUUAUGACUUGGAUGGAGAGUUGUCUCAUUGGCAUUUAUACCACAUCUGCUCAUAUCUAUGUUAUUUAAAACAUUGUUUUUUUUUAAAACAAAUCAUGUUACUCUAUCAUUUCUAUUAUCAUAAACAGUGAGAUCUGUUGAAAUGAAGCUUGCUCAUCCUUUUUUUAUUAAGAUAUGCAACAGUUACUGUGAAUUCAUUAUUAUUUGUUGGAUACCAAUUUUCAUAGGUACAGGUGAAACAUGAAUUUAAAUGUUCAAUAAGUACAAGUUUCUAUAAAGUUGUAUCCAGACUUUUGCAGAACCACAAAAUCACAUAUCCAUGAAAAUGCAAGCUGUCUGCAAUCAACGUAAAAUUGGUACCCACGAAAAUAAAUGAAUCCACAUUUGUCCAAGUUUUCUUACAAACAUUUUAACUGGUUAAGACUGUUUUAAUCAUUUGUAUGUCAUCAUGUUGAUGCAUUGGUUUAUCUGAUUUUGAAAUGAAGAACCUUUGUCUGUGCUUUAUUAACUGGUUUAUCUGAUUUGGUCAUAGUUAUGUUAACCAACCAAUUAAUUCUCUGCUACCAAAUUUUGAACUAGCAAAAUCAAUUAAUACGACAAAUCCUAAAAAGAACUAAAAAGAGGUUUUUCAAACAGAACAAUGUCAGACCCUUGUUAUUGAAUCUUGGAUGCAUGAUCUAUAUUUUAUCAGAUUGCUUCUUUUUAUGAAAUUUUAAUAUUCUUUUUCUGUGCCAGCAGUUUAAAGGUUGUCCUAUCAAAAGAAUGUUGAAGGGUGGGAAGGGAAAUUUCGGUUUUUGACUAUGAUGUUUAACGGUUAAAAUUCCUUCUGAUGUACCCAAAAAUAAAUCAAAGAAAUUAUGUUGGGUAUGGUUAGACCUAAGUCCCUUUCGAUCCUGUCAUAUCAUAAAAAUUGUAUGAUGAUUUUGUUCAAAAAUACAUAUAUAAUCAUGAUUAUUGUUUACUGGUUUGUUAGUUAAAUAAGAUAUAUAAUUGUUCCACAAUGGUUUGGAUCACAAAAGACUUGGUUAUAAACUGAUCUGAUCUGACUGCAUGCAAGUGUCCUAACAAAAGUUGAUGUAUGGCAAUAGAUAUUUCAGAAAAAAUAUCUUGCAUCAUAUUAAUAUAAUUUAAUUUUGGAUGUAACAUGUCUUUGAUUGGCUGACCUUGUUUGGUAUGAGCCCAUAGACAUAAUUUAGUCAUGUGACCGUGACGUCAUCAACAUUUUUUCAUCGUUUUCUAUGGUUAAAAAUGGAAUUUAGAAUUAAAUUUUAAGAAAUGACUGUAAUAUUUUUUCUGUCUUCUCGAAAUAACAUAAAAAAUGUGGCGCACACUGUUAAAUAACACGUUAUGCGCAUUAUUCAGUGUGCACCAAAUUUUUUAUGUUAUUUUUUCAUAGACAGAAAAAAUAUUACAGUUAUUCCUUAAAUAAACUUCAAUGUAUUUAAGAUUAAGGUGUUCAGAUUGGAAGAGUCAAUUCAGAUUUUAAUUCAUCAUGUCCAUUGAGCUUUUGAUUUUGCCAAUUUUUAUAAAAGGACUUUCUGUUUUGAAUUUCCAGGUUGGUAUUUUUUGUUAUUUUACUUUUUGUUUGGUUUUGGAUGGCAUGAAAAUUUGUAUGUUAACAGUAUCAGAUUCUAAACCUUGUAAAGGGCAAGCAUUAUUUUACCAAACAUUAUUCUGUAUGAUAAAAUUAUUGUGUAUACAUGACUAUAUUAUGAUUGAAAUAAAUUUAUGGUUAAUGAU